AUGCAUGGAAUCUCUCCAACGCGAAGCACCUUGCCUCGUGGAAAUCUGACCUGUCGCAAAACGAUCACCUCCACCGCCAACAAUUGUGACCUGUCGCUUUUCCUUGCACUCCACACGCGCGCGCCUCGCGACAAGCAGUUGACAAGGAUCAUGGCGUCCAUAGUCGAGUCGGAGAAUAGUCUGGGCGAGACGCAGGUGGCGCAUCUGGAGAUGAUGAAGAGGAAGUUGAUGGGACUUGACAAGGACGGCGAAGAGGAUGAGGAGCAGAGCAGAGGGCCUACGAUUCCUGACUCCAUGGGCCAGGACGGCAACUCACUACCACCCGCACGAUCCUCGACCACAUCCAAUCGACCCCGGAAGACGACUUCCUCGCCAAAGAAAGCUCCACCGCGAUUCGCUUCCUCUGCUUCGGCGCCGAAGGCUGAGAUGGAAGCUAUGGUUCAAGAUGCGACGCCCCGCAGCACGCUCAAUGGCGUAGCGAAGGCGGCGUCGUUUGGAGGUCCACCGGCCAGUGCCUUUCCCAAUGGCGACACCCAGUCGCAAGACUCGCAGGUUUAUGAAGCAUAUCGCGAGUCUAUACGCCGGGAGUCGGAAGAGGAUAUCACGCCGGUGAGGAGGGUGAGGUCUGCGUCGCCGAAUACGUUGGGCACGAAUGUAGAUGGCGAUGAGGAUGGUGUGCCUGAGCGCACGCCGCGCACGUUGAUGCAGCAAGAGUCGGGGUAUGUGGAUUUGGAGGGAUUCCUACAAGGAAGGGAUGUUUCGCCGGUGAAUUCGACACAAGGCUUUGAGGAGUUGUUGGACGAAGAUCAGAGUCCGGAGACACAAAUCCAUGCGCCGCCUGCGAGGACUUCUUCGAAUGGAGGGAUGCCGCAGACGCCUGCUGGCUUGCCAGAAGGACAGCAGGGGGAAGCUAUGACUUCGAUAACCACUGGUCCCAAGUACUCCCAGCUGUUUCCGAAGGCAGACCUCAUGGGCCAGUCUCAGGCUUUCCAUCAGACGCAGGAGGCAUCCUCGCCGUUUCCUAGUGGUCCACCUUCCGACCCGGCUAUGACGAGGCCGUCGCCUAAUCAUGUCGCUUCGUCGCCGAUGAGGGGAUUUUCGUCGCCGGUGCAGGCGAGGGCGACAUUGAAGAGGCCGGCGGCUUCGAUGAGUGAGCCGAGGGGGGAGUAUACCAGUAUGCGAGAUUCACAGGAGAGAAGAGCUGCGCGGCUUAGAGCAGAGCAGGAGAAGCAAGAUCUGGAGGAGAGUGAUAGCGAGGAUGAUACGCAGACGAGGAGAUACCGCGAUCGCAUGACGAGGAGAGCGCUGAGCGAACAGGCUAUGCGCGCUACUGCCAACGUGAGGGUUAUGAGGCCGUCAUAUGGGCAGAGUGCUACGAAGUCUACGAGGAAGACAGGACACCCGAUUGAUCUGACGACGCCUGGGACGGUGGCACGGGUUAGGUGGGAGGAGGACUUGAUUGAGGAUGAAGAGGAGGUUGAGGAGGAUGGUGAGACCCAGGUUGAGCUGCCGAAUGGUGGGGAGGAUCGAGAGGAAGAUAUGGACGAUGAUGCGGCGCCGGAAGCGAAUGACGAUGAUGAAUAUGAUGAGCUCCAACAGACGGUUUUGCGGAGUCAGAGUAAUCAUCAGGAAGAAGAGGAUGAGGAUGGCAGUGUUGUCGAGGAUGAUGAGGAACAUCCCACGGCGGAAAACGACGAGCUGCAGGACACACAACGUCCUGAGGAUGAUGAGGACGAACAAGUGGAUCAACGAGCUCAGGAUGGCCCAGCAGCGACUCAGCGAUCCACCAUCGCCGACUCCCAACCUACUGGUCAAGAUCCACCUCAUUCUGCUCCGCAGCAAUCGACACAUCAUUCUUCCAUGGCGUCUUUUGUCCCAGGCUCUCAGUAUACCGGCAAGACAAGCGAGGAGCAGGCGUUCCUCAAGUCUUCACGGCCAAGUCAGACGCGAGUUCCGGCCUCGCCGUUUGUCACAGAAGAGAGCGAGGAGAAGCUUCCAAGCAGUCCUCCUCUCGCAGCUGGAGUUGAUAGCAACGUCAGCACGGCCGACGACUCUGCUGAAGCGUCCCUCGCGCGGCAGAAUCUUCUCAAUCAAUUCCAACGUGGAGAACCGCAAGCAACAGGAGACUCUGCAAAUUCAAUAAGGCAGCAAGAAAUCCCGGACAGCGACCUCCCAGAACAGCAAACAUCCUCCCACGCAAACAAGGACGACUCCCGCAUUGCUUCAAAUGAAGACGAAGAGUCCCAGAACCGCUUGCUCUACUCUACCGCCCGCACCCACGUCUCCGCAUCCGCAUCCGCCGUAUCUCCCGUCAAACCCUCCCAACCGCCAUCUCUCCUUCAUCAAGCUUCAUCUUACUCCCCUCUCAAAGCUUUCCGUCAAGCCAACCCGGCAAGCCAGCAAUCCCGCCACCUCUCCCAGCAGAGCACGAUGUCACCACGACAAGCUGUCGGCGUGCGACGAUUUGGUGACAUGACGAGGGGUGGAAGUGUCAUGAGGAGUUUCGAGGAAGAUGACAUGGACCUUGAGGGCAUCAUGGAUGGCGUUAUGACUACUGAUGAUAAGGCUUUCAUGAAGAUCAUGUCUAGUCCGAAGAAGGGACGUGGGUCGUCGCAGAGGAAGAAUGGCGGGAACGCGGAUGUUAAGAUGAACGAGGCUGAAGGUUACACCUCUGGACUUUCGGAUCCGCCGCAACAGGAGUCUGAAGGGCAAGAAAUGACGAUUCCGGAGUCAGAGCAUGGUCUUGUGAUCCCAGCGCCGCUGCCGGCUGCGAGGGAGAAGAAAGUGCUGAGGGAUAGUCCCAGCAAGGCGAAUAAGCUCCCUACUCCUCCUACGGCGGAUGAGCUGGAUGAGGAGAAGGGCUUGACGCCGGAGAGUGCUUUGAGGCGGGAGCGCGAGGGGUCGAGACAUGUUUCGCAGCUUAUUGAUCAGCGCGGUGUGGCUGUGAAUAAGAAGCCGCGGCCGAAAGCGGUUGUGUAUGGGAGAAAGGGAGGGCGGUUUGAGAAGAACCCUGCCAAGAAGGGAAGGAAGGCGAGGAGGGUUGUGAGUGAUGACGAGGAGGAGGAAGGAUUGGGUGUGGUUCAGGAGACGAUGGAAAAGGAGAAGCGGGAUGAGGUUGUUGAUGAAGUCAAUCGGAGUGAUAAGACGCCUCCGCCUGCUGAGCGAGUGCAUGAUGCUGGAGGCGUUGAGAACGCCGAGCAGGCUGAGCAAGAAGCCGAGAAGGAUCAAGCUGAGCGAGAUGAGGCGGCGAAGGAGCAAGACGAACAAGCUGCUACGGAGCCCACGACCACCGGCAGUGCAUCCGCUCCAGACCGCAUUUGGGCGCUCUUCAAGGGCACCUACAACCACUUCUACCCAGCCACCUGGCUCAGCAGCUCGCUCGACGGACAGACUUACAGAAUCCGCUUCGACGACACGACGGUCACCGACAUCGAGACUCAGCAUGUUCGUCGACUGGAGCUGCAAGUUGGAGAUCUGCUUCGUGUGGACAACAAAGGUAUGCGCAAGCUGACGUACAGAGUUGUUGGACAUGGCGAGCUGGCUGCUACGAAGGAAGUGCGUGCGCUGGGGACGGACGAUCAAGGUCGCGCUUCGGUCAAAGUCGUGGCUAAAGCUAGUCGAGCGAGCACAGCAGGUGAGGAGGUGGAUGAGGAUUCUGCGGAGACUCAGGAUGUGCCGAUCAAUCAGCUCUAUCUCACGCAUUCGAUGUGGAAGGCUUACAAGGAUCGUUACUUUACGCCUCCCAACGCCGUCGCACUCGUGGGAGGCCUGGCGCAAGGCCGAUCUCGCCUCUCCACCCCUUCUUCGGGCGUCCAGACUCCUGCUAUUGAUGGAGUGUCACCCACACGUUCUCUCCGCGGCGCGACCAACACCGCAUCCACCAAGCGCAGCAAAUUCACUCACUCCCAUCUCCGCGAUACCCCUCUCGCUUCAUCGUCCGACGCACUGGGAAACCCGACCCAACUCUUCGCCAACAUGGCUUUCGCAAUCACCUACGUCUCUUCCGCAGACGAAAAGUCCGCCGUCAUGGACGCCAUCAUCCGCCAUGGCGGUACAAUACUCGAAGAAGGCUUCGCGGAACUGUUCGACAUCCCCGACCUCUCCUCCUCCGCCACAACACCUUCCACAUCCGAGACAGAUCCCGCCGCUCACCAGACUCUCCGACUGAAACCUCAAUUCUCCUCUCUGCGCUUCGUCGCCCUCAUCGCAGACCGCCACUCCCGUCGAGCGAAGUACAUGCAAGCCCUCGCUCUCGGGCUCCCUGCCCUUUCUGGCAGAUGGGUGCUCGACUGCCUCGACCCAAACCGCAACGGUUCGAUCGAGAAGGCCGGGGUGAAGGCGGGCGUGCUUCCGUGGGAGAGAUAUAUGUUGCCAGCGGGGGAGAGCUCGUACCUCUCCGGCGCGAUAAGGUCGCGUACGGGAGGUCCGGUGUCUUCGGAUCUGGAAGGCGGGACGUUGAAGGGCAUGAUUGAGGCGAGGCCGAGGUUGUUGAGGGAUGAGGGGGUGCUGAUUGUUGCGUCGCCGCCGCCGAGUGGAGUCAAGGAGAGUGGACCGUGGGAGCGGACGAAGACGUUUGUCUUCCUUACUUUGGCCAUUGGAGCGGGACGAGUUCGGAGGGUUGACGAUCUGGGUUCUGCUGCGGAGCUGCUCGGGAGGAAUGGAGUUGAGGAGGUGAAAGAAGGGUGGGGAUGGGUUUAUGUUGCUGGAGACGUGGAGGAGUCGUAUGACACUCUCGUUGGCGCUGCGUCGUCUGGUCAGGGGAAAGGUGGUGGGAGGAAGAGGAAGCGAGUCGUUGAGGAUGUUGGGCGGAAAGGCGAGGAUGGGAGGGAGAGGAAGAUGAUCAAGGAUGGGUGUACGGGGAAAGUGUUGGGGGUGGAUGAUGGGCGGUGUCGGGUUGUGGGGGAUGAGUUUGUUAUUCAGAGCUUGAUUUUGGGGGGGUUGGUGGAUUGA